AUGCGAAGAUUAGGGGAAGAAAUAGAAGAGAGAAACCAAUUUAUUAUGUACCACAAAGGCGAAGUUGCUGGACAAAGAGGAGUAGGAUUUUUGGUAAAGCUAAACCUUAAAAGCCAGAUCAUUGGUUUCGAAGAGGUAUCAGAUAGAAUAGCGGCAAUUCAUAUAAACUUACCAAAAUACCCGAAAAAAUGGACAAUCAUCCAAGUAUACUCGCCGACAGAACAAGCAAUAAAAACAGACACAGAUAAUUUUUACGACAAGCUUGGUGAAAUUACUGAAAAAUAUUCGGAAAACAAUAUAGUACUCAUGGGUGACUUCAAUUUUCAAGUCGGCGCCCGAUUAGAUGGCGAAGAACACAUAAUAGGGAAAUACGGAAGUGGCAAAAGAAGCAAAACGGAGAAAAAUUGGUAG